AGAGUGUGUUCUAUUUACAUCUCAUAGUUUAGAAAGUACAAGAUGGUACCAUUAUUAUGAAAAUAUGUGGAGAAAAUAAAUUUCAAAAAAAUGUCGGAGAUAGAUACCGAAGAAAAAGAACCCAGAAUUCAAAUCAAACACGUAGCAAAUCCACUGGGUACCUGUGUAAGCAGUGCAAGUGAAGACGAAACGGAAAUAAAACCACCAGAACUGAAAACAACGACCAAUAAAAUUUCCAAAACUAGAUCAUCUAGUGAAAUUAAGUCAUCAAACCGGACAGACGAGCUCCAGAGAAGACAUAGUGCAAUAGGGAAUGAAAAUGUUUCUUCAGAGAGUUCUAAAAAGAAAGAAGACAAAAUCAAAAAUAUACCUCAAGACAAUCAGAAUCUUUUAUCCAAAAGCAGUGAUAAGAAAUACGCUAAUUCUAAUAAAAUGAGAAAGAAAAGUGUUUCAUCAUACAAAGAUAAUAUAUCUGAGAAUGAAAAUUCUGAAAAUAGCGCUCCUGUCGAACGCCCAAGCUGUUACGUCACUAACCAAUCCAAUGACGACAUUUUGGCGCUUGUGGAUCUUGGACCAAGGCGAAGCCGCCAUAAUUCAAGGAAAUCCCAAGACUAUACUCCACACUCCUCCGACAAAACUAGAGAUGAGAAUGAGGAAGGAGGUUUGUUAGAUGAUGAAGAGGACCAGGCAGAGAGGAAAGUCAUAGCUGACAAACUGAGGGAUAAUAUAUCCGUUGUUGGGAGUGUGAUGUACGGAAUCUUGAUGUCGGUUCUGGCGGUCGUUCUUCCCAUCACAGAGACGUUUGCUUCUCACGGCCCCUCUCAGCUGUUUGAGAUAUUUUACAUCUACAUGUACCUGUUCAGUUUUAUAUUUGUGGUGUAUGUCCACUUCUUCAUCCUUAAACGGCGGUCUCGGUUCACCGUGCUGACGCUAACAAUUGUCCGUCGUGUCCGAGGUCUUCUGAAGAAUAACCCAGAUAAAGGACUGACCAAGCGGAGAUCCUUGACUCUGCCCAGCAGCAGUCCUGAAACAGAAAACGUCUGUAAAAGAUUUUUCCACACUGGUAGCUUCCCUUUAAGAGUGGGAGCUAUAGUUUUUGGAGUUGCUAGUAUGAUACACAGUGGAUUAAAUCUUGCCUACUUCUUCCAAUUGCAUGACGGGAACUCAGUGUGUCACCACCCUGUUCAGGCUAUAAAGCCUUUCAUGCACAUGACGUUUACCUUUCUGCAGCUUUACUUCAUUUUUCUGCAUUCCAAGCUAAUUUUCACUCAUCAGAAAUGCAUUACUCGUCUCGGGUUGAUGCAUCUUUGUUGUACCAACUUAGCUGUGUGGUUUAGAUGUAUUGUUGUGGAGACUCUGAACGCUGUCAGUCGAUUUCAUCGUGAGGAAGAAGAGAUGAUGUCAAAGAGAAAUGUCACAGAGCAGUCUGCCCUGGCGGGCGCUGACCCUUCGGCUGCUAGUAGGAAACUAAUGAACGGGCCUGAGUCACAUUUGAUUUUGAUAAGUCUUCCAAUGAACAACACUAAAAAUGUCUUCCUUCCGGAAAUCUCGUGCUUUUGGUCCGAUCUGUUUGGAGAGUUUGUGCAGAGGGCAGGACCGUACUUAUAUCCCUGUAAGAUCGAAUACAGCUUAAUAUGCGCAGCCAUUGUUUAUGCCAUGUGGAGAAACGUUGGUCGAAAAUCAGAUGAAGUGGUGUUGACAUCAUCAACUGAGCAGUUGAAUUCCAAUGACCCUAACUUGAGGUUGGAUUGCUCGAACUCUAUACGAGGCCUUUUCGCGGGCAUUCUGGUCACCGUGGGAACGAUCAUUACUAUGGUAGCAUUUUAUGUUUUGGUAACCAGACAUCCUAUGUCCAGUACCGCCAUUAUUUUGGUCCACGUCUCGGAAACCUCCAUGUUUCUUCUUAUGACCGGCGCAAUUAUAUUUGCAGCCGACAGAAUGAAAAACUUGAAGUUCACAAACGUUUCUUGGAGAUUUCCUGUCGAGCUUCACUUGUUGUUUGUGUCUUUUACGGGAGUUUUUGCUUUCGCUGUUUUUGGAGUUAUUGCUGCCGGCUUUGAAACCCACAAACCAAAAGGGGUUUUAAACAUUCUGACUAAUCUAUUUAUGAUUCUGCAAUCCACGAUUCAAGUACUCUUCAUUGUGGCAGGAAGUAAACUUAUUUCAGCCAAUGAAUCUCAAGAGCGAAAGAAACGAGGUCGAGAGUUCGUAACGUUUCUUAUACUGUGCAACUUUGCAUUGUGGGCAAUGAACACUUUUGAGACUCAGCAACCAGAGCAUAACCCGGUGCAGAUGGACUUUUACGGUCCAUUAGCAUGGUCUGUGCUCACUCACGUGACUGUUCCAUUAUCCAUUUACUUCCGAUUUCACUCUUCCGUUUGUCUGAUAAACAUUUGGCGGUAUGCUUGGAAAUGGCAUGGAAGACAAGAGGGGCAACGGGAAAGUGCUUGUUAAAGGACUCUGUGAUAUUUACACGUUUUCUUCUUAUAUUUGUUUGAUAUUUUAUGUCAUAUAUAUAACGUUUUCAUUUAUUGUUCUGCCUUUUGAAAGAUUGAGUGCAAAGGCAUUCCUAUCUGUACUUAUAUGUCAAUCGCACAGUCAUUUUGUGUGGCAUUGUUUUUUUUUUUUAUUUCAUUGCUUUUUUUCUUCUCUUAGUUUUAUGAAUAAAGCAUUGAUAAUCGGACUUAAAUUCAC